AUGUCUCAACCAAUUGACCCCCAAGAUACUAAUUCGAUCCCCUCCAAAGGCGAGGAUAGCAAGUUUCUCCCCUCUCAGUCCUCUACGGUUGCCAUCACUCUACCAGCGCUAUUUGAGAUAGCCAAUAUCCCAACCCUGAGAGGAGCUAUGGCUUUAAGCCUGGAUGGGCACCAAUCUGUAGCCCCUUGGCAAGCGACAGGAUGGUCGAAUGGCGGCGCCAUGGCAAGUAAUGCCCUGGUUCCUAGUCGGACGGGGCAUGGCAGGGCAAGGCUAGGUGAUUUAUUUGGUAGUUGGAUCAUGACGGAUGUGUUAGGUGGAUGCAUGAUUGUUCCGUAUGGUGAUAGUUUCUUUGAUGCCCGUUCUAAGAUUACUACUUUCAUCUCUUCACAAUGUACCGUCAAAGGUCAUGAACCAUGA